CAGGUCUCACAAGCGUAGAGCAGAACUGCUCUCACCGACGCUUUGUAGAUCCGACCUUUUACAGCCAGACUGAUAUCCGGAAGGCGCCAAAAUGGUCCAGAUUGGCAUAAGCCGCUCGCUUUCAUUGAUCUCAUCAUUCACACCACCACCAGCACUUAUGCAACUACCUAGAUACACGAACUUCUUGAAUACUUCUACCUGCUCACCAUUCAGGGUGAGUAAAGGAUUAGAAUCCUGCCAGUCUUGUAGAAGUACGUUGCACUUCGAAAAUGCAAAGCACAUACCGUACCUACGGACAUUCUCUAUCAUAGUAAUGAAAUUAUAUGAUAAUUUUGAUUUGCUGUAUUUACCGAUAAGUGUAGAAAGAUCAUAUGUAUCUAUUAACUCUACAUUUUUAUAUUCCCAUUGCUUCUUUUACGUCUCUCUAUUAAGUAAGUUAUCAUCUACAAACUUACAUUAUUUUAAACCCGAUUCUUUAUAACAAGAACCUAGUUAUGAUCUAGACGCAAACCGAUGUACGGUAAAAAUUGCGAUGUUUCACUCUUCUCGCACAAGUUGAGUUUACAUAUCGACAACCCCGACUUAGAUGAUAAUAAUAAUUCGUUUUCUGAAAAUCAGUACUGAUAUCAAAUUACGGAGUAAACGACCGUAGGAAGAUGGAAACGGACUUGACAAACGUAUUAAUAAUGUUCAAUUUUUAUAG